CGCCCCUGAAAGCCGGACAUAGCCGUGAACAAGAUCCGCGAAGACUAGUUUAUUUAGGAAGAAAAUUUGCUAGUUUUAUUCUAUUUUACAGGUUUUUCAACCCAAACGAGCUGUAUAUUAGUACAAAAAUUUUGGGUUUCUUCAUAAAUCGGCCAUGCAGACUAUAAAGUGUGUAGUAGUAGGAGAUGGUGCCGUUGGUAAAACUUGUCUACUCAUUUCUUACACGACGAAUAAAUUUCCAAGUGAAUAUGUACCAACGGUGUUUGAUAAUUAUGCAGUCACAGUAAUGAUAGGAGGAGAACCCUAUACUUUAGGACUUUUUGACACAGCAGGUCAAGAGGAUUAUGAUCGUUUAAGACCUCUAUCUUAUCCUCAAACAGAUGUGUUUCUGGUUUGUUUUUCUGUAGUAUCACCAUCAUCAUUUGAAAAUGUCAAGGAAAAGUGGGUACCAGAAAUAACACAUCAUUGUCCAAAAACACCAUUCUUACUCGUUGGCACACAAGUGGAUCUUAGAGAUGAUGCAGGCACCUUAGAAAAACUGGCAAAGAACAAACAGAAGCCUCUUACAGUGGAACAAGCAGAUAAGCUAGCUCGAGAAUUAAAGGCUGUAAAGUAUGUUGAAUGUUCUGCCUUGACACAAAAGGGUUUAAAGAACGUAUUUGAUGAAGCGAUUUUGGCUGCCCUAGAACCACCAGAACAACCCAAGAAAAGAAAAUGUAAUUUGUUGUAGUUAAAGAGUUAAGCAAGACUUCUAAAAUUGCAUUUUGCAACUUACAGUGCUAUAUGAAUUAUUCAUAUAGCUUUCAAUUGUGAAAAACAAUUACAAAGAAUUUUGAGGCAAUUAUUCAGGAUUGCCUUGGAUCUGUGUUUCUAAUCAAUGAUGAACACAAAGUCUCCACUGUAAAGACAGAAAAGUGAAUAUAUAUGUGACUUAGCUUAAAAAAAUGCAAAUUACUCUGCAGCUCAACUUGUUUCUAUGUAAAUUCUGUGUUGUAGAAAAAGUAGUCGCCCCCCCCCCCCCCCAAUAUUAAGAGCUGCAAGCUUGUUUAUUACUUUACAAUGACUUGUUUCUGACUUAUCAUAUAAAAUUGUGAAUUUCUUUAAUUAUUGAUAGUCUAAUCCAUUUCUAAUUUUGUGGAAAUGUUAUUCAAGGUGUGUACUCAAGGUUACAUUGCCUAAAUAAUCUUCUAGAUGCUCCAAAAUUAUUUCACAAUGAAGCAGCAUGUGACGCACUAUGGGUUUACAUGCUCAUACUCAUGCUAUAUGUAUGCUAGUCAUGAUUUUUAUCAACUUGCUGAAGAAAAAAGCCAAAUAAAAGUUCACAACGGCAAUCUUUUCCUGUAAUUUGGAGCAUAAUAAAGGGUUCAAUUCGAUUUAGACAAACAGCUUUCCCAAAUUGUAUGAUCAUAAAUGGAAUAGGAGCAGAAGAUGAAUUCUGCUUUCAUAGGUAUAGUAUAUGUGUGUGGGAUGCAGUGAAAAGUAAUAACUCAGCAUUAUGAUGUGGCAUGUCUAGCUUGACCAUGUUGUAAUCCUGCCAGUUUUAAAAAGCCUAGUUUUUUACAUUACAUAAUAAUAAUUGCAUCUAUCAUUACAGAUUUAUGGAGAUGGUAAAUAUGCUUCAUUAUCUGGCAUAAUUCACUGAAAAUACAUGCCUCUUCAAGAUUUAGUAAUUUCUUGUUUCUGACUUGUUUGCUUAAAGAGAAAUUGGGUUUCAUUUUAUAACUUCCUUAUUUAAAGGGUUGUGUAAAAUGUAAGUAGUUUUCUGUUAAUCAAACAAUAUGCCAUCAAAGAAGUAUGUAUUGUCUUUAAUAAUGCAGGCUUUAAAAUAUUAAUAGAGUGCACGCACUAAAACCGUGAACAUUAGAUAGUACUAAUUAGUACUAUUUCAUACAGAAUCCUUUGCUUUCUAUUGUUUAAUUAUCCCUCUUUAGUGCUGAAAAUUAGUAUUUGUUUCAUGGAUUUAAUGUGAGUACUCUACUGUCCAGGACAACAGCUCACUUAAGAAAACAAUUGAAUUUAAAACAAACAUAAGGAACAAAUUAUUUUUUUCAACUCGCAAAUCAGAAACUGUUAAAAUCCUACUCUGCCUGUUUUUUCACUUGAUACCUAAUAUAUAAGAACCAUUACAGCCUGACUUGGGGAAAUGUUGGUUUUUACUGUACUUCAUCAAUGAUUAUAUAUUAAAAAUCACUAGUUUUUCUUAGGACCUUUGUUGCUGCUCCAUAAAAAUGCUGUAAUAAUUCUUUAGUGAUUAUCAUGUUUAUUGAUAAGUACUUUCAAAUUUUUUUGAAUGUUUCUGGUUAUAUAGCAUUAAGUAUUUAUGCCAGCAUUGAUCUGCAACAGAAAAUAUCUAAAUGGUUGGUUACUGCAAUAACUUUGAUACUCAAAUUUUCUCACCAUCAUUCAAACUUCUCAACUCCAAUAAAAGAACGAUGACAGACAUUAACCAAGAACUGAUAAAUUUCACAACAGUCAACAAUAACUUGUCAUUGAGAAAGUUACCUCUUCAACUUUUCCUAAUUUCAAGUGUUAUUAAAUUACUCUAAUUCUAUCCAUAAUUUAAGGCAAUAAUUGAUAAAUGUUUAGCUUUUUCCUCUAAUGCUCCAUUUUGACGAAAAAUAUUACAAACCAACGCACUUUACUCAAGUAACAAUUGAUGGAUAGAGUACAAACACUAAAUGUGUGCAAUAGUUAUCACUAUUAUUUUUUUAGCAGUAAAUAGCACUAAUUAAACAAAAAUAUAUAAUUAGCAUAAAAUAACACUAAUUAGUGAUAUUUAUGUUGCACACUUUUAGUGUUUGUACUCCUUAACAAAAUUAUACAUCUACUUUAUCUAAAAAUAGAAAACAUUUUAUGCAAUUUAGGCAUUUAUCCACAAGAUUCUGAAACUUGAGUCUUUCAUUUUGUGGCCCACUGGAUUUUCAUAAUAACACUGUUUUAAUUCUGUUUAAACUGUUUAAUAAAUAUGCAAAUUUGCUUUUUUAUUAAAUUUUGAACAUAUUAACUAAUGUCUUAUUAUUACCUAAUGUCUAACGUGAUGCUUUGAGUAUUGCUACAAGGAGUGAACAGUUAAUAUAAAUGGUAAAAUAUUUCUUAAUUUGAGUGUUGCGUCUAGUUUUAAAGGCUUACUAAAAUAUGUUACUACUCACUAUAUGUUCCUGGAAUCAAUACUUAAAAGUAUGCAUCAAAAGUAUUGUCUCAAAGGCAUUAGGUGAACUUUGAGUGUAAUUAGAUCAAUUUUAUUUAACCUGUGAAAAACAAAGGGCUAUGGAGUUAUGUCAAAACCUAAUCGUGUAUCACAAAUCCUGCACUCUGAUUGGCUGAGCUACUGGUAGUCUAUUAGUGACAGACCACUAGUAGCAAAAGUGAUUGAUUUUGAAAACAAAACAAAAAAAUACAUAAUACUAUUUCAAAAUAAUUUCAUAAUAUUUUGUAUCCAUUUAUUUGGCUGAUCAGUAGGUCAGUGUAUGGAAAUCGCAUGAUCUUGAGUACAAUUUGGAAUUCAUAGGUAUGAGUGAUGAUUUGAAAGUUUCAAAAUUUGGAUGAGACUUUAGGUGAGUAUCACGUAUCUAUAAAUUCCGAAUUGUACGAGAAGAUCGUUCGAUUGUUGGUCAAUAAUACAUUAAACGAAAUUGAGYAACUUAAUUGGGACUCUACAAUACUCUUUUUCCAAUCAAAAUAGAGUAAUUUUGUUGAGUGUAUUCAAAAUACUAAAACAAUUAGACCUCUUGCCUUCAUUGUUGAAAAGCCAAUAGAGCGUUUUCACUCACGUGAGAAGGCAGCCAUAAACAAUAGAAACUUUCUGCACAGUAUUUGCAUAAAAAUAAAGUUCAAUUCCUGGAGGAUAGACAAUGUAUUGUUUUGGUACGGCAUAAUGGCCACUGUGACGUCAUGUGAAAACGCUCUCUAGCCCACGUGGGGCUGGUYGUUAAAGUCAAAAUAACUUGGUAGGACAUAAGUGAUAUCCAAGUGUUUUUGGUUAAAUUAAUGGAAAUUUUGCUAUGGAAAACUAAAAGCAAACCCUUAUCAUAAUGUCAAGAGUAUCUUUUAGUUUAUUUGAAAAUGGUUAGUUUAUUAGAACAAAAUAACUGCCAGUCUUGUUUUUCAUGAAAUAAUUUUGUAAAAAUGGCAGUUUUUGUUUACCAUGGAAUAAAAUCCCAGCAUGUUUUUUUUAGCUUGUAGUAGGGGGAAAAAGAAAGAUGCAUAAGCAUUUUAAAUAUAAUUUGAAAUAUUCUUUAUAGUGCUACUGUUAUAAUUAUAUAAUACUGGUGUCAUGACAGGUAGUUACAACUAAGUGUGGAAUAUGCAAUGUUGAUCAUUGCUAACCAUACAAAUAAAGUAGCUCAAAAUGACAACAGGUGAACAGAUAUAACAAGCAUCAAAAGAUUUUAAUGAUUGCAAAAUAUUCAUAAAUAAUCAUCUUACAUGAUUCACUGGUAGAGUGAUUGUAUUUGACCCGACAAACAAAGUUGUACUAAACAGUUAAAAGUUAAACACUAAAACUAUGUAUAAUUGUUUACUAUUUUUUCACAGGCCAAGUAAAAUUCUAAUUGAACUGGAA